CGCUCGAGGAGGCGCCGAUUGGGCAUUUCUUCCUUUUCUGUCUGCCUUUAUUCCGCCGGGUUUGUUUGUGUGCUUAUUAUCGCUUGCGUCCGUGCGGCUGAUUCGGCGCCGGAAUUGCUUGCCCGGGAGUUGUUGAUGAAUUACUGAGACGGGUUGCCUGUAAAGUUUGCAUCUUGGUUUCAAAAUUCUACCCAUUUCAGUCAUAAAUUUCCUGCCCCCUGUUUUUCUCAACAGAAAAAAGGGUUCUUAUUUCAGUUAUGGAAUCUUCCCAUUUCACAUCGAAAUUGCAUCUCUGGGAAUUCAGUUCGUGACGAGCAGCGGGUUGGAUUCUCCAUUGCAUAUCAAAUAUCUGUCCUCUGUUUUCUUGUACAUCGAUUCAGAGCCCAUGCCUGUAAAAUUUACAGCAUUUCCAUAUGAGUUCAGUGGUUUAAUGAAGGUUUCACUCCCCCUGAAUUUGUUUGUUCAUCUCUACCUGUUGCCAUAAUGUAGCCCUGUAAAAAUAGAAUUGUGUUGGUCUGUGUAGUGUGUACUGCACAUGUAUGAUUGGUUGCCCUUUAUGUCCUAGAAUCUGGAGUAAUUUGCUGUGCUUAGUGAUUCUGAUCAGCAUUUAUUGUAAGUUGUACUAGUAUCCUGAAAAGGGAGCUUUUGCUUAAUUUCACAGUCAAGCAUCUAAUGUUUUGACAGUACUAAUGUGGUGAACCUUGUUGUUUCAGCUGAGGAAGAUUUCUUGCUCACAUGGCCGGCACCAGCGAUCGUGGAUCCCUCAUGGAGGACUGGAUGGCCAUGCCACCGACGCCCAGCCCGAGAACGCUCCUGUCAAGCUUCUUGAAUGAAGACUUCGGCUCUGGUCAAUUCUCCAAUUUUUUCGGCGAACAUGUGAGCAACAAGCCCCAUGAUCAAUCAGAGAAGAGAGGAGAGCUUGUGGGCUUCAGGGAGCAACUGCCUACUCAGUCAGCUACAGAUACAGCUACACCCCAAAAGGAUUUUUCCCUGCAACCAAAUUCGUUCAAUGCUAAUCAGAAAUCAAACCCACAGGGAUCUCUAGCCGAGCGCAGGGCUUCGAGAGCUGGUUUCAGUAUCCCCAAGAUUGAUACAUCUCGUGUGGGUUCAUCCACAGUUAUUCGAUCACCCAUAGCAAUUCCACCUGGUCUUAGUCCAACUACUCUUCUUGAGUCACCGGUGUUUCUCUACAAUGCUAUGGCACAGCCUUCUCCAACCACUGGCAAACUGUUUGUUGCUCCAGAGGCUAACUCAACAAUGCCACCAGAUAGCACGUUCAGUAACGAUGUUUUCUCCUUCCAACCCCACUCUGGGCCAGCAAGCUACUCAAAUAUGGAAAAGGGUUACAAUGUUUGCCACCAAAACCAGUCGUUGUCAAAUAUUCAUCAGCAAGGAUCCAGUCUUCAGUCAAGCUUUACUGCAGCCAAGGACAGUGCCGACGAAACAAUUGUCAAACCGAAGACGUCUGACUCUGUGUUCAGUGAUAAUCACUCUUCUGAGGAACAGGAAGAUGACGAGGGAGACCAAAAUGAAGAAUACUCUUCUGCCACAAAUAGCAACCCAGCUGAAGAUGGAUAUAACUGGAGAAAAUAUGGACAGAAGCAAGUGAAGAGCAGUGAGCAUCCAAGGAGCUAUUACAAGUGCACACACCCAGAUUGCCCUGUCAAGAAAAAGGUGGAACGCUCUCAAGAUGGUCAGAUAACAGAGAUAGUCUACAAGAGUUCUCACAAUCACCCUUUGCCGCCUCCAAACCGCCGCUCAGGUAUCCCUUUGUCGCAAAUCAAUGAUCAACAAGUCCAUGUUCUAGAGAAACCUGGUUCGCAUGCAGGGCUCAACACUGCAUCUUUGUGGGAAAAUGGUAAAAGUGAGUGCAUUCAAGAUAUGCAAGGUGUCGAGGGAAGACCAGCUGCUGGCCCUCCUGUAUCUGCAUAUGGUGAUACAUCUAUCAUGGAGUCCCAAGAUGCAGCUGAUGUCUCGUCAACGCUGUCCAAUGAGAUUGAUAGAGCAACACAAGGCACCAUUUCUUUAGACUGUGAUGUAGGUGAAGAUGAGACUGAAUCCAAAAGAAGGAAACUGGAUGCUUUAGCUGCUGUUACCAUUCCUACUGCGACCACCACAAGUUCAAUUGACAUGGUGGCUGCAGCAUCAAGAGCUGUCCGGGAGCCUCGUGUUGUCGUUCAGACAACAAGUGAGGUUGACAUCCUUGACGAUGGUUAUCGCUGGCGCAAGUAUGGUCAGAAGGUUGUUAAAGGAAACCCAAAUCCAAGGAGCUACUACAAAUGCACGCACCAGGGCUGUUCAGUGCGCAAGCAUGUGGAGAGAGCUUCGCACGAUCUGAAAUCCGUGAUCACGACAUACGAGGGAAAGCACAACCAUGAAGUUCCAGCAGCCAGAAAUAGCGGGAACGCGGGCUCCGGUUCCGGCAGUGCCACAGCAUCCGCGCCGCAGGCUAAUCUCUCGCAUCGCAGGCAAGAACAAGCGCAAGGCAGCUAUCCUCAGUUUGGUGGCGCGACUCCCUUUGGUUCCUUCGGCCUCCCGCCGAGAGGCCAUCUGGGGGCGGCAGGCAACUUCCACUUCGGGAUGGCCCCUCCAGGCAUGUCGAUGCCGCCGAUGCCCGCCGCUCAUCACCCGUCAAUGAUGCAGGGCUACCAGGGACUCAUGAUGCAGGAAGGGCAGAUGAAGGCGGAGCCAGACCAGCAGUCCGGGUUUGCGGCGUCAUCGGCUUACCAACAGAUGAUGGGCAGGCCCCCCUUUGGUCCCCAGAUGUAAAUAAUAGGAUGCAAAGAAAGGAAAGAUAGAUGUGCUCCGGCUUGCCUGUAUACAUGGUAGAAUUGCAACAGCAAUGCAUAGCUUCGUUCUAGUUUUUCUUGGUCACUCCAUUUCUUUUAUCUUGUGGGCAUUUUUUGUAAGCAAAGAAUGCAGAGACGGUUCUCAUGUCUUUCAGUUGUUUGGAAUCAGAAAGAAAAGGGAUAGCUUCUAAGACAAUUGGGCAUUGGUUAAA